GGGGAGGAUAGCGAGUGAGGGAUGGGGAGAUUGCCGGACCGAACAGAUAGAAGUGUUACUACAGAGCUACUGCUGUUGGAGGACGGGCUAGGAGCGGAGGAUAAUGCUCCAUCCUUCAGCGUACAGCGGCACGCUGGACACCUUGUAAUUUCUUGUGGUGGCGGCGGUUGUGGAGGAGGAGGGUCUUCAUUGUUGCAGCAGUGAUUGCCUUUUUUCUUUUUUUUCUCCCCCUUUUCAUCACAUCUUCCUGCUCGCCCCUACUCACUCCUUAUUCCUCUGCAACUGGCAACCGCUGUGCACCCCCUCCUCUCUCUCUUUUCUACUUCUGUUCCUUUUUUUUCUCCUGAGGAGGGAUUUUUGUAUUUCAUCGGGGAUUGUGGAAGACAUGUCUCACUGGUAAUGAUGGUGUUGCCACUGGUGCUGCCCUCUCUGUCGCCAUGACAAUGCCAUUUAGCCCCCUGUCCAGCGACGAGGAGCAACAAAGAAUGCUGGGAAACAAUCGCCAUCUCUAUCCUGGGGCAGAGGACGAGGAGGAGGAGGAGGAAGAAGAGGAGGAGGAAAUGGAAGAUGAUGAGUGUGACGAGGAAGGGGAAGAGGAAAAGAACGGUGAGCUUGAGGGAGAGGAGGAAGAUGACGAAGAGGAGAUGGUGGAGGAAGUCAGGCGAGGAGGCCUGUCACGAGGGGGCAGGGGUGAAGGACACAGGCAGUCAGCUAAACUGGCCGGACGACCCAGUGGGGACAGACAGAUCCGGUCAGGGAACCCUGGUCACACCACAAACCCUUAUUCAUCCAACCCUGGACCCACGCACCAACAGCCAGCCAAUCAGGUACAGCAGCAGAGGAGGCUGAAGGAGCGCAGUGCCAGCUCUGUGCCAUCUGAGGACGCCCACAUCGCCAUGAUGGUGUUUCGCAUCGGCAUCCCAGACAUAAAACAAACGAAAUGUUUGCGGUUUAACCCAGAAGCAACGGUGUGGAAGGCCAAGCAGCAGGUGCUUUGCUCCCUGACUGAAUCUCUGCGAGAUGUCCUGAACUAUGGUCUGUUCCAGCCUGCCACGGACGGCUACGAUGCCAAGUUUCUGGAGGAGGAGAGGCUGCUUAGAGAGUACCCACAGUCCUUUGAGAAAGGGGUACCAUAUUUGGAGUUUCGUUACAAGACCAGGGUGUACAAACAGACAAACCUAGAUGAGAAGCAACUGGCCAAACUGCACACUAAGGCUAGUCUGAAAAAAUUCAUGGAUUACAUUCAAACCAGCGCAGUGGACAAGAUGGGCAAGUUCUUAGACAAAGGCCUCGAUCCCAACUAUCAGGAUUCUGACACUGGGGAGACGCCUCUGUCCCUGGCAGUGCAGUGUGAGCCAGGUGGAGGCGAGCCCAUCCGGGUCCUGGUUGAUGGAGGAGCUCAUAUUGAUUUCCGUGCCAAAGAUGGACUCACACCUCUACACAAGGCUGUUCGAGGCCACCGCCAUACAGCCCUGCUGGUCCUGCUCUCUCUGGGUGCAUCUCCAGACUACAAGGACCGGCGAGGGCUGACGCCGCUCUACCACACUGUGCUGACCGGGGGCGACACCUCCUGCUGCGAAACACUGCUUUUCCACCGCGCCAAGCUGGGCAUCAGGGAUGAGAACGGCUGGGAUGAAACACAUCAGGCCUGUCAGAAUGGUAACUCGCAGCAUCUGGAGCACCUCCUUUUCUAUGGGGCGGACUCUUCCUCCCAGAAUGCCUCUGGAAACACUGCCUUGCACAUCUGUGCUUUAUACAACAAGGAAAGCUGUGCACGAAUUCUGCUCUACCGGGGAGCAAAUAAAGACACAAAGAAUAACAGUGGGCAGACCCCCUUUCAGGUGGCUGUUAUGUCCGGACAUUUUGAGUUGGGAGAAAUUAUUAAAAACCACCGGGAUACAGAUGUGGUUCCCUUUGUGGAGUCUCCAAAGUACGCUCCACAGAGGCGGGAGAGCACCCGCACACUGACAAUUCCCCACCCUCACCCCUUCCUCCGGGCCAACAGUGACAGCAGCAUGAACCUGCCCGAGUGGAUGGCAGUGCCCAACGCCCCAAGCACCAACAUCGUCUCUGUGCAGGGCUAUAAGCAUACAGGAACCCUGCGGAGCUCCAGCAGUCCUAGAGGAGCAAGAACACGCUCCCCGUCCCGUGGGAGGAUUGGAGACAAGGAAGACAGGAGCAGGCAGAGUCGGAGACAAGGGCCUGCCGCUGCCACCACCACCACAGUACAAACUGCAGGCCAGCGGAGACGCCUCUACAGCGCUGUCCCAGGACGAGUCUUUGUUGCCACUCGGGCACACUCUGCACAGGGAGAGCGAGAAAUCACUUUUAAUAAGGGAGACAGGGUCAAAGUGUUGAGUAUUGGUGAGGGCGGGUACUGGGAGGGGACGGUGAGGGGUCGCACAGGUUGGUUCCCCUCUGACUGCGUGGAGGAAGUGGUGGUUCGAAGCCAAGACAACCGAUCAGAGAGCCGUGGAGAACGAGCCAAAAGACUAUUCCGCCAUUACACUGUGGGAUCCUACGACAGCUUUGACGCUCCCAGUGACUAUAUAAUCAAGGAGAAGACGGUCCUUCUACAGAAAAAAGACAGUGAGGGUUUUGGCUUUGUGCUAAGAGGGGCCAAAGCUCAGACUCCUAUCGAAGAGUUCACUCCCACCCCGGCCUUCCCUGCCCUGCAGUAUUUGGAGUCAGUGGACGAGGGAGGAGUGGCCUGGAGAGCUGGUCUCAGGAUGGGGGAUUUUCUCAUAGAGGUCAACGGUCAGAAUGUAGUCAAGGUUGGUCACCGGCAGGUAGUCAACAUGAUUCGGCAGGGUGGCAACAGCCUCAUGGUCAAGGUUGUCAUGGUAACCCGCAACCCUGACAUGGAGGAGGGUUCAAGGAAGAAAAUCCCCCAGCAGAGUAAGAGGCUGAGCACCCCAGCUAUUGCCCUACGGUCCAAAUCCAUGACUUCAGAGCUUGAAGAGAUGGUGGAACGAGCUGCUACCCCUUGGAAAAAAAAAUCAGAAUUCGAAUCUUCCCAAGUUACAGAGAAGAAGAGGACAGUCUAUCAGAUGGCUUUGAAUAAACUAGAUGAAAUUCUUGCAGCAGCUCAGCAGACAAUCAACACCAACGAGGCACCGGGGACACGGGGACAGGGACCAAAGCGAGACAGGGGAAGAAGUUUCUAUGGCAAUGAGCCAAACUACGGGGAUCAGUCUGCGAUGGGGAUGAUGUCGUCUGGGUUGGGCCUCGGCUAUGACCGUGGGCAGUACACCUCAGGUCAUGCCCCACAGCACGGUAUGCUGCGGCAGAAAUCCAUCGGUGUGCCUGAGGAAGAGAAGCAAUUCUUGCAUCCUCCAACCAUGAAGUUUGCCCGGAGUCUGUCGGUGCCUGGUCCAGACGACAUCCCCCCUCCUCCCACCACAGCUCCACCUGAUCCUCCAUUCUCUUCUGCUCCGCCACUCGGCUGGAGAACUAAGUCAUCCCAGCAGCCUAAUGUCUCUGUGUCCCAGUCCACGUCCACUUCUGCACAUUACCAGCCCUACUCCCAAUCAGUGCACUUCACCCAUGGAGGCAGGGAGAGGGCAGGUGGUCCCAGCACUGGCCCUGGUGGUGGAGCGCCAGAACACACAACCUCAUAUGCACAUGCUGCUGCCCAUACUGCUCAAAGCAGGACUGCUUCACGGAAGGUUGCUUACACCGGGGAGCCUGUUGGAGCUGGCGCAGGGGCUGGUGCAGGGGCCAAGGCAGCAGGUCUUAGGAGAGGCUAUAGUACUGCUGUCCCCCCAUCCAGCAUUGCCACUGUAAUACCCCAGCAACAACAGACUACCCAGAGUCAACCCCAGCGGGCAGACCGUAGUGCUGCAGGAGGUCCCAAAGGAGGGGCCCGGAGAGGUAAGGGCCCUCUGGUGAAACAAUCCAAAGUGGAGGACCUGCGGAUGGGCCAGGGUACACUGGGAGGCAAAGGCUCAGUAGAGAAAAGCUCCAUCCCUAUCCCUACAAUUAUUGUCAAGGCCCCUUCAACCAGCAGCAGUGGACGGAGCAGCCAGGGCAGCAGUGUUGAGGCUGAUGUUCCUGCAUCAGGGGAGGCAGAUGACGCCAAAACACCACACGGUCCUCCUCCCUCCACUCCUGCUCCACAGCCUCCUGCUCCGCCGUCCAUCCCAGCACCACCGCCUCCAUCCCUGCCUUCAAUAAGAGCCCAGGAUAACCUGGACUUUACCAGCCAGUUCGGGGCCGCCAUUGUUGGCGCAGCUCGCCGAGACAGGGAGCGGUUCCAUGAAGCCCGCAGAAAGAGUGCCUCCUUGUUCAUGUCUGCUGAGGAGGAUGUUAGCCUCGGCGGUGUGAGUGAUGUAUUAGCAGGGGUGACAAGGACUCAGGUGUCUCAGCAACAGCUGAGCACACAAACAGAAAGUUCAUCAACACGGCUACGUCCGUCCAAGUCCAUUGAUGAGGGCAUGUUCUCUGGGGACACCUUCAUCCAUCACACCCGCAGUAUGCCUCCAGCCUUUGGCUUACCUGAGUACUCUUCACCUGCCCUGGACUAUCAACCCAAGUCUGUGCCUACUGAUUUGUACACAGCAGCAGGAAGGCAGCCAGCAACCUCCAAUACCACCACUUUCAUUCACCCCCUUACAGGGAAGGCUCUUGACCCCACAUCACCUCUAGGCCUUGCCCUGGCUGCCAGAGAACGUGCUCUGAGGGAUGACAGCCGGUUAAGAAGGGGAACAGAGCAUCACUUUACCCGCCAGAUGUCGAGUGUGGUGUUUCCUUCGUCUGCUGUUACCUCUCAGGCAGCCUCAUCUGCCCAGUCCUCAAGCUCGUAUCUAGUCACCUCUUCUUCUCUGGCUGCCACCACGCCUACUGUUGGCCGCCCACCCUCACCCAGAAUCCUCAGAGGAGUCGGGAGUGUAUGGGGUGAAGAAGGUGGCGGAGGGGAGAGAGAGCGGGAGGGAGGAGGGGCUCGUGAGGGGCUAAGAGUUCGCUUCUCUGAAGAUAAAACGGUCCACACACACCACUACCAAUCUCAGCCCUAUCAGCCAACUUACAAGGAGAGAGAGAGGGAGAGGUCGAGGUCGAGGGAACGGGAGAGGGAGCUGUCGAGAGAAAGGGAUAAAGAGAGGGAAAAUUACAUGAGGAGGGCUGAGCAGGCUGCUGCCAAUGCAGCAUCUGCUGAAAGUGCCGCUCAGCAGGCGUCUCAGUCUCAGCAGCCUCGGAGGCCCUCUUUUCUCAGGAUGGAAAGUCAAGCUGAAGCCUACAUCUUGUCCCUCACACCUCCCUCUCCUCCUCCUCCUACCAGUGCUCAGCAGACAGCGAACACAACUGGGAGCACUGGGACAGGCCUGAUGGUUCUUCCUCCCCCUGCCCCCUCUGUUGACGCAGACGAUGAAUUCGUCUACGCAGACCCCCUCCCGCCCCCAUUAGAAUUUGCCAACAGCUUUGACAGGGGAGUACCAGGAUACUCACAACACGGGAUGCUCUCCAACAGUAUGGCCUCCCGUAAACAGCAGGUUCCACCCCCUCCACCUCCGCCUCCACCUCCCCCGCCACCGCCUCCACCACCCCAAAAAGAACACUUUGCAAGUGGGUUUCCUGCUCAUACACCUCUGCCCUCUCCUCAGGCAGGGGACUCCACCGCCUCUAGCCUCACAUCUUACGACAGUGAGGUGGCAAACCUGACGCAGUCUGCUCCUUCCCCGUCUCAGACGUCACCAAAUCCCCCGCCCCCUUCUUCCCCCUCUACCUUGCAGCCCACCUCUGGCCCUCCACCUCAUCCAUCGGUCUCACCCCCUCCUCCCCCUGGAUCAUAUCACAGACCAUUUUCUAUGUCUCACCACCUUUACAACAGCACUCACACUCCUGGGCGUUCUUCACCCACACCUCCCCCACACACAGUUGCGCCCCCCCCAGCCUACCGUGGCCCUCUAACACCCUCCUCCACUGCUGCCACCUCUGUCCCACAUAGGGGCACUGUUUCCCACGCCACGACCGCUAGCUGUGCUGCUACAACCACCGCUGCUGCCACCACAACGAGCACCUCCACGCAGCUCUACCACGAGCGAACACAAACCACACACACAACAUCCUCCACCGCCAUCACAGGCAGUCGCAGGACAGGAGACCACCACCGUCCUACGCACACUACAAAGAAAGGAGAGUCCCAGGAGACCGUGGUGGACUCUGGGAUUGAGGAACUGGACAGUCGCAGCAGCAGUGACCAUCACCUGGACAGCAUCCUGGCUCUGAGUGGAGUCCGGGGAGACAGACUGGACCGUGGGGAAAGAGGAGGAGUCGGAGCUGGGGGACGGAUGGGAGGGUCAAGUGCGACAGGGGAUAGCGAGAGAGGAGGAGAUUUUCUUGAGUCUUACAUGAGCUACCUGGACGGACAAACUUUUGAGAUGCAGAACGCCACAGCAGCUGCCUCGACCUACCCAAAAAGCAACCGGUUCAGAGAGGGAGGUCGUGCAGGGGAUCUGCACAGACAGACCAGCACCGCUCCCGCUUCCUUCCACUCCCACCGACGAAGAGAUGAGCAUGAGGAGGACGAGCUCGAGGAGGGAGUGGCAGAGGACGAAAGUGCCCAGGAUGGAUAUGGAGUAAGGGACAUGCAGAAUUUGGGACGUCCCACUUCACCAUAUUUCGAUCGGCCACGCACUCCCGAAAUGAAGCCCCUCUGGGGUGAUGGUCAGAUGACUGGUGACGGCCAGUCUGGAUCGCUUUUAGAAGGGAGGAAGAUUUACCCUCCCGCGUCCAGUAUGAAGCCCAGCAUCAUUAAUGAGCUGAGCAGUAAAUUGCAGCAAAGGAGCAAGGACACAUGGAGCAGCCAGAGAACACUAAGCAGACACAGGUUUUCAGAAGACUCUGCCUCAGCUCUGAGCCCUCCCUCAGUUCGGUCCCAGUCACCAUCUCCAAUCUCAUUAUCGCAGCCGUCAUUGUCUCCUUCUCCAACCCCUGUCUCCCAGUACCCCAACUGGGGACGAUCCCCAUCUCCUCAACCGCCAGCAGCCUCUCAGCCUCCACGUUCACAUUCCCCGCUGUCCCCAACUUCUUAUUCCCCGUACCCUACCUCCCCCAAACACAGGCCUGUCUAUCGGACCAAAGCCCUCGAAUUUCAGUUCAUUCCCAGUCGGGAAUCACGUAAAGCAGAAUCACACAUCCUCCAGCGAAGGCGAGCGCCCAGCCCCCUCAUCUCCCCAUCAGAGAGGCCCAAGGUGUGCCCACCGCGCCCUUCGUCCCUUCCGCUUCUUCCUACCACACCUCUGUACAGCGCCAUCUACGACCUCCGUGGUUCAAUCACCCCGCCUUCACCUGGGAACCCUCUUGGGGACCCAUACUUCUCACCCUCCCCUCCCUUGUUUGCUCCCUCAGGUGCGCCUCCUCCUCCAAACUCCACCUUAGUUGUCUCUCGAUCCCUUUCUCCAACUCAUUUCCUGUCCGGAACCUCUUCUCCACCUCUGCACCCUCUGCCUCCUCCUCCCUGUUUGAGUUACCCUCAUCUACCGCCUCCCUCCCCUACAAAGCCUUUUGCCUCCAAGCCGCUGCCCUACUGGACCAAGUAUGAUGUUGCAGACUGGCUGGGAUACCUGAACCUGGGUGAGCACAGAGAGCGUUUCCUGGACAAUGAGAUUGAUGGCACCCAUCUUCCCUCUCUGACCAAGGAAGACUAUCUGGAUUUAGGUGUGACACGGGUGGGCCACCGCAUGAAUAUAGAGCGAGCCCUGAGGACUGUAAUGGACAGGCUGUCCAGCAGCCCAUUUCCCAUUUCUGUUCUCUCACCUCGGGAUGGACAGACUGAGAGGAGGAGGGACGACGGGAGUCGAAGCUGAGAAUGCAAAUGCAGAGACAGAAAGAGAGGCACAGAGAGAGGGAAGGAGGGGUUGAAGUCAAUGAGGGACGAAGACACAACUGCUGCUAUCCAUGGUGGAUUCACACAACAAAUGAGGGAGGAACAGGUUUCACACAGAGAGCAACAGAAAAGGGAAAUGGGUCCCAAAGAGAGAUGAAAACAGGGAUGAAAGAAGGGCUGACGACCCAUAAAGACACCGGCUGGCGUUUCCAAGUUGUGGCAGGCUGAUUUACACGACGAGUGCACUCCUCCCAAUACGUACUCAUCGUCACCACAAUCCACACAAGUAACACAAACACCCUCUCAUCCAUAACCUGUGUGAAGACUGUGGCUGCAGCAGAGAUUAUGUGAAAAAUAGUGUUGAAACCCAACCAAAUACUUGAGAGGAACGAUCCAUAGCCAGUUAGAUUUUUAAAACUCUGAGUGGGUUGUAUUGUUUGCAAACUGGAGAUUUAGAUAAAGGUGUCUUUCAUCAUGUAGUCAUCUGGCUGAUUAGUCCUCACGCUACUUCUAAACUGUUAAAACUGUUCAGGUUCAAGAGUGGAACAAUUUGAGUGAAGUCAAUGGUCACCCCUCCCUGUGUGAGUGGAUGCUAGUUUUAAAAAGUGGAGCGAAUGAGUGGGGAUGAAUGUGUGCAGGAGUGAAGCUUUUUCCGUGUGAACGUAGGACGAUGCAGGACAGUACAUCGAGACAGCUUCCACGACUUCUAGAGGUGACGAGGGCGCAGAUGGUUAACUCGUGUCCUUGGUUCUGAUUGGUCUUGUCUUGUUUUUACCUCACCACUGGUAGGGCUCCGUCCUCACUGCGGAUCCUGUGAUCAGGAUCAUAUGUGUUUCUCUAUAGCUCUUUAUCAUCUUAAGUCUUAUAAUGACAUAUAUACAGACUGGUCACUGUAUCACAAAUUUGUAGCAAAAAUAAGUGCCCAGACCAACAACAUAAAAAAAAAAAUGAACACACUGAUAUGCACACACAGACACCCAAGUUACUACUAAACAUGCCUGCAUGCAUACACCGACAUGUAGACACACGUGCAAACACAGGCACUCGCCCGUGUUUGUGUUGGAAGUUAUGGGACACCUUAUAUAUAUAUAGACACACUAUGUUUGGAUCUGUGAUGUACAAAGAGGAGACAGACUGCACUUUCAGCUGUUAGACGGGAUUUGUGACAAUGUCAGAAGAAAUCUUCCAGAGGAUUUUAUUUACAGAGAAAGACUUCCUCAGCGUCAUGGCAAAUGUUGUACAUUCAUUCAGACCUUCUGUCUGAGGGAGACUGGAAAGGAGAGGGGAGGGGAAGAGUAAAAAAAAACUGCCAUUUUCUUCUUCUUUCCCACCCAAUCCCCCCUGCUCCUUCCAGGAGUGGCCUCUAUCUCUCUCGACGAAAACCUGGAGGAAACAAGCCGCCACCCGGCCGAGGGGAUCAGAGAGAGAUGCUUAUAUCGAGUUUUAAUACUAUGAUUGUUCUUACAAUUUUUAAACUUUAAAUGGGAAUAAUGAUAUUGAUAUGGAGAGAUUUAUUGUUACUAUUUAUCAUUACUAUCAUCGUCCUUACUGUUAUUGAAGCCUCAGACAGUCCUGGUUUCCUGCCUUCGGUGGCUAAGACGGCACUCUCGUGCAGUCUUUUCUGACUGUGCAGUGAAGAUAGAGGUUAUAUAUAAAUAUAUAUAAAUAUAUGUAGGUAUUUUUGAAAAGAUGAAUACUAUGUCACUUAGUGCACUGCACCCUCAACAUUGCUUCUAUGUGACAAGAAGCAUUGCAACUAAAUGUGAAGCACAUUUAAGAAUAUUUUUCUUUUUGCCAUUUUGUUGUCAGACUGCGACGCUUCCAUCAAAGUUUACGUGCUAAAGCCUCAAAGUAUAAUUUUAAAAGCAAGUUGCCGCUCAAUAUUAUGCAGAUGCUGUAACAUGUAGCAACUGUUACUCUGCCUAUGAUACAUAUAUGAUUAAAUUCUGGAUUAUGGCUCAACCCCAUCCUCACUGACCCAGUUUUAAUUCUGCUCUGCGUCUCGUUGUGCCAUAUUAUUCUGACUUCUUUACUUUCCCAUCGGAUUUCAUGGCACAUUUCCAUCUCAUCAUAACUCCAAGGCCUGCUUGUCUUACUAUUGCUGAGAUCAAAUAUAAGGGCUCUCUCAUGACCUCUCUACCUUGAACAACGCUUCACCUCUCCUGCUGCUUUUGAGUCCAUGAACACAUAUCAAACGUGCAUUUUACAUCAGAGCGUACAAGGAGAGUUUACUCUCCUCCCGCCUCUGCUGUCCUCAAGUCUAUUUUUACGAAAAAGAUGAAGAGUUUUCAUACAUCAUGUUGCUCAAAGUGCACACAAGCUGUUAAUAGGAAUGAGCAAAGGUCAUUAAGGGGAUUUGUUUAUGUAUUUGCUUUGUAUUGAUGGUCAAGAAGAGAUUAUAUUUGAUGUUGGAGGAAUAGCAAUAAGGACGAUGAAAAUAAUGGUCAUCUAACUAUGGUUUAAGGUGUAAAAAAAAAAAAAAGUCUCAAAAGUUCUAAAGAAUCUCUGUCUUCCAAAUACUGUUUAACAUGAAAAGGUACAAUGUAUUUAUUUAACCGUUCUGCUUUCUAUACAGUUUGACCCGUUCUCUGCAUCUGCACCCUUCCACUGUUACUGAUCUGACGGUAGUAAGAGCUCCACUCUGUCAUCGUUUGCAUCUUCCUAUUUUGUACAUCCGUAACACCUGCUGCAGCCGCUAACAUGUGCCAGUACGCUCACAGCUCAUUGUUUAUUACCAGCGUAUUAUGCAAUUACCCUAUUUCCAUCAGUAACUUUCCACAUUUCCCUUAAGAGGUCCUAAAGUAGUUUCCAUGUCUGUAAAGGGGUGAACAAGCAGAGUGUGGCUGCUGGUUCCAUCCACAGCCAGAUCCUGCACCUUCUGGUCAGCUGUCUAAACGUAUGCUUGUGUAAAUACGGCCGGUUAAGAACUUUGGAUAAGAAACUUUGAAGACGCCUCUUGCUGAUACGAUGACCUACUCGUUAAGUGAACGGCAACAACGUGUUUUUUUAGUCCUAUCUUUGCAUUAAGUAGUUUUAGUCAAGAGUGACGCCUCCUCGUUGGAGAGGACAAAAAAAAAAAGUCUAGAUCUGGGGGAAUUGGUCCGACUCUAUAGAAAGCAUUUCUUUUCCUUUAAGAGAUCUUUUAAAAAAAAAAAUGAGAAUAUGAACUGAUGAAAGGUAACUUACAGAAUAUAUAUGUAUAUGUAAUAUGCAUAUACACACAUUCAUAUGAAUAUAUAUGAAUUUCAAAUGUUUUAAGAGAUAAUAAAUUGUUAGAAUUAUAAUAAAGAUACAGAAACAAACUUCUAA